CAUCUGUCACAAGCCUCCCAUAAUCUUACACAUUUCAAUCAACAUCUGAUCCAUUCCAUAACCAAACCCUAUCACAAAAUCAAAUUCUUUAUGGGUUUUACAGCUCAGGAUGUUCUUGAAAGUGGACAAAUUAAUCAGCAUUCUAGAUACACUACAAAACCGGUUCACGGGAGACUAGGAGGGGUACAAGAUGGAAGAACAAAUGGGUUGUUGUGGUACAAGGAUUUGGGCUGCCAUGUUAGCGGAGAGUUUUCGAUGGCGGUUAUUCAAGCUAACAAUUUGUUGGAGGAUCAAAGCCAAGUUGAAUCGGGCCAGUUGAUAAACGGGCUUUAUGGGACGUUUGUUGGUGUCUAUGAUGGACAUGGCGGGCCGGAAGCAGCCCAGUUUGUGAACAACAAUUUUUUCUCCAACAUUAAGAAGUUCGCGUCUCAAGAUGGACAAAUGUCGGCGGAUGUCAUUAGAAAAUCUUUCUUGAAAACCGAGGACGAGUUUAUAUCUCUUGUUAGAGAUCAAUGGCGUACGUGCCCACAACUCGCCUCGGUGGGCACGUGUUGUUUAGUGGGCGUUAUUUGUAACGGGCUAAUUUACAUUGCAAAUGCUGGGGACUCACGUGUGGUUUUGGGGAGGGAAGAGAGAGGUGGUAGACGAAUCUCCGCCAUUCAAUUAUCCGAAGAACAUAAUGUGAACCGUGAGUCUAUACGAGAAGAGCUUCGUUUUUUGCAUCCCGAGGAUCCAAAGAUCGUGGUUAAGAAACAUAACGUUUGGCGUGUUAAAGGGCUUAUUCAGGUCUCGCGAUCGAUAGGCGAUGCAUAUUUGAAGAGUCCUGAGUUCAACAAAGAGCCUCUUUUGCCAAAGUUUCGGCUCGCGCAACCGUUUUCAAAGCAAAUCCUUAGUCCUCGGCCUUCAGUCUCCAUACAUGAAAUUAACUCACAAGACAAGUUUCUCAUAUUUGCAUCGGAUGGUUUAUGGGAUCAUCUUAGCAACGAGGAAGCUGUUCAUAUCGUCCAUAGUCACCCACGUAACGGGAUCGCGAGGAGGCUAGUAAAGGCGGCGCUACAAGUGGCAGCAAGGAAACGUGAAAUGAGGUAUUCGGAUUUAAAGAAGAUCGAACGAGGGGUGAGGAGACAUUUUCAUGACGAUAUUACAGUUGUGGUUGUUUAUCUCGACCCUUCUUUGAUGAAUAUUAGUUCAAGUUUCUCUAUGAAAGGACCCGCACCUAACGAAUUCUGCAUGUAAAUUUGAAUUCAUAUGUGUAAAAAUCCGAUUUGGAUUAUAUUUUUA